AUGAGCUCUUCAAGCAAGGAAACCGAAGAGCCAACGUCCACAAACGAGGUGGUGAGCAAUGGCGCGGGCGGCAGCGGCGAGUCGGGGGCAGCGGGCGAGGAACCGCGGCCGCCCGCCAAGCGGCGGAUGUCCAGCACCGUGAUCGAGAUCUCGGACACGGAGAGCGAUGAUUCGGAUAUCUGCGCUGUCACCUCGUACCAGGCCUCCGCAGAUGAGGUUAAGAGGAUACGUGGCGCGGAUUACUCUUCGUCAUCAUCGUCAUCGUCGGAGUACAGCUCCGACUCGGAGUCGCCUUGGGAGGACGACUCAUUGCUGGUGGAGUCGCCGGCACCCGCUCCAGGCAAGCCACCGCGCGCGCAGCUCAAUCCUCGCGCCGACCGCACGGCUGACCCCAAGCUCAAUAAUGCAUUACAGUCACAAGAAUUAAUAGACAGAAUAACAGACCACUGGAAGGAGCGUAAAGACUGCAGCAGUAAGGAGGUGACACUGACAUGUGAGCCAUUCCGUCUGUGCCUGCUCCAUAACCUGCUCUCUGAACCUGACGUGAUAAACAACAUCGUGGACGACAUGAACACACUGGACUGGUCCCGCAAGAAGAUGGACCUCUACGAGUUCCACCAGACGACAGACCUUGCUAGCCUAACGUGGCAAAGAGGUAUCAAGGGGAUUUACGAACUGCUCCGAACUGAGGUGAUGAGUUGGGUGAGCAAAGUGACGGGGCUGGAACUGACGGGCGUGUCGGCGUCGUGCUCGCUGUACGGGCCGGGGGACCACCUGCUGGUGCACGACGACCUGCUGGCCGACCGGCGCGUGGCCUUCAUCCUGUACCUGGCGCCGUGGCGGCCGCGGGCGGCGUCGUACCGGCCCGCGGCGCAGGACGCGCUGGAGAACGGCGCGUCGCGCGAGCGCGUCGCAGCGGCCGCGGCGGCCGCGGCGGGCUGGGCCGAGCACAUGGGCGGCGCGCUGGAGCUGCUGGCGCGCGACGGCCGCGGCCGGCCGGCCGGCGUGGCGCACCGCGUCUCGCGCUGCGAUGUGAUCGCGAGAGUGGUGUCCCGCAGGGCCAUCGGUCGCGGCGCACUGCCUUUAACGGCGUCGCCUCGCCUGCAGAUGCCGCCUGCACACGUUGACUAUUGA